AUGGCGCCUCCCUUUUCGUCAGCGCUUCCAUCUCACGCACUCGCUCACCAGCAUAAUGAUCAACCCACCAGUAUCCGAGCGCACGCCAAGAACCGAUCAUCUAAACAAGGCUCCCGCUUCGUGACUCGGCCUCAACAUGGAUCCCCUACUGUUGGACGCUCGGCUGGAGCGAUACGGUUCAACCUUGGUGUCCGACUUCAUCCACCACCACCAUCACACGCUCCCCUCUGA